UACAAGGCCUAAACACCGAAGCCGACUGUUACACCCACAAGCAGCGACCGAAAUGAUUUAUGUGUUCAGUAGAUCAUUUUAUAUGUUGCCGACUUUUAAUUUUCAAACUACAGCUAUAUUGUACGACGGCAGAAUCACUUAUAAAUAUUACGACCCAAGAAAUGCCGUGGGCGAUGGUCGUGGCUGCUGCAGCGGUUCUUCUAUCAUUUUCAGGUACCGCUAACGGUAUUAUGAAACAGUGGACGCCCAACGUGGACUUCGAAGACCCUAAAAAUUGGGACGCAAAUCACGUCCCUUCAUCCGUGGACAUUACCGUGUUCCAAGAAGACACAGUUGUGCCAGUCGUCUUACCGUCCACCGGCAUUGACGUUUGCGAGCUGGUGUUGCCCAUCAACGGUCAAUUGAUUUUGGAGCCCAACGCCAACAUAGUCGUUUCUACAUCGUCUAAAGAUGCGGGCGGGUGUACGGGACAAACUGUGAAAUUCAAACGAAACACCCCUAUGGAAUGGGUCGAUCCGGAUAAUUGGUCAAAUGAUAAUAUUACUCAAGCAACGCCACACGUAGAACGAAUACCAUGUGAACACGACACCGUAACAUUUAAUCCUGGUAACUCAUUUUCAAUCAUAGUACCAAAUGUUCCGAUAAAUAUUGGAUCUAUGAAGUUUGGAAAUCAAACUUUUAGUCAAGAUGAACUCAAUGAGUUUCUUUUGACGGAUAUUGGAGAUCAAGAAUUAAAGAGCUCUUCUCUCAACAAUGAUGUAGCCAUUACAUUAACGUCUACGUCCUGCGAUGAUUAUACAGGGUGUGAGUGCGGCACUCAGCAUCUUUUAGAAUAUGUAUGCAAAGUGGCUUCCAAAAAUUGCAAUAAUAAAUUAGGUUGUAUAAGUCCAGUGAAACCAAUUGGCCAUUGCUGUUUAAUUUGCGGAGCUUACUUUUUAUUAAAUUACGACCCAAGAGUUUUUAAUAGUCAAAAGUUCAACGAAGAAUUUGAAAAGGACAUGGAAAAAAUUAGAUCAAAAUAUGAAAAUCAUCAAAUUAUUAUUCAUAUGAGUAAACUAUUGAAUGGAAGAAAUCAAAUUGUUUUAGUAGGUGGUACAAAAUAUGAGGACGAAAUAAAUGAAAUCGCUAUAACUAUGAAAUCAAUACUAAGUUCUUAUAAGGGUAUCACUGAUGUAAAAAUGUUUGACUCUGGACUAUCAUACAACGUAGAUGGUAUGACAUAUGGUCAAAUUGCUCUCACUACCUUCAUGGUCAUCAUUGUAUGCAUGCUGACAAUUAUUUUUUACUACACCAAUAACUGGUUUUUGUUACUAUUCAGCUCCGAAUCUACUAUUGUAGGACCUGUAUUCGUUAAAUUUGAAAAUGAAACCAAUGAUGUAGAACUAAUCACCGAAAACAAACCUUUGCAACGUAAAUCUUCGUUUAACAACCCUACUUAUACCGCUGUGGAAAAUUUGUCUCAAUCACAAACAUUCAAUGGAAUUUCGCCAUAUUCAAAUGUAUCAACAAUGGCCAUGAAAAAUGACCCCAUGGAUGUAGAGUUGAAAGAAAGAAGUGAAAACGAAUUCAAAGACUAAAAUAUUAUUAAUUGGUUUAAUUGUAAAAAUAAUUAUUUUAUUCUUCAAUUGAUGAUUUAUUCAAAUUAUUC